CCGCUUCACCGUACUAAAUUGACUUGCUUUAAAACUACCUUGGGUAACAUUAAGUUACUUGCUAGUCCAAGUACGUUGUAGUUAUCAAAUAAUUAUGGUAUGUGGUAUCCGUAAUACUGAAUCAAGAUUAAGUAGCAGUUUCAUUUAGCGGCUAUAGCGUAAUAGAAAACUGCAUUAAUUGAUUGAGGAAGAUAACUUUACGUAUUUUUUUUUAUUUCCGAAUACUGAAGUGUUUUUUUAAUAUAUGUAUAUAUCUUAAAACCAUAAUGACGAUUCAUUUUUGAAAUAGAAUUCAGGAUGGAGGCAGACCAGCAGAUUAGAAAUCUUCGGGAUUUUCUUCUAGUUUAUAACAAGAUGACUGAAAUAUGCUUCAGUCGCUGUGCAAGUAACCUAAACUAUAGGACUCUAACAAUUGAUGAGGAUGUCUGUUUGAAUAACUGUGCUGGGAAGCUGAUUCGCUCAAAUCACUGCUUGAUGGGGGCCUAUGUGAAGUUGAUGCCCUCUAUAGUUCAACGAAGACAAACUGAAUAUGAGAACAAGACUCAGGAGUUGAUGCAGCAAGCAGGGGAAAAUGUGCUACCUGUGCAUGAAAAUGUUACUUCUGAAUAAGAAAAAUUACAUCAGCAGGAAUAUUUGUUUCCAUAACUGGAGCAGAUGCAUCUCACUAGCAACGAUAACUUGGAAGAUUGUUUGUUUGCUUCUUUGAAGACUUUUAUAUAAUAAGUGAAACAUUUUGAGGUUUUAUACAAUUGUCUCUAUAUUGAAUUAAAGUUUUAAUUUGUUAGCACAAGAUGUCACA